UUAGGAGGUGACACAUGCGUGCAGCGACCAACCGGAGCAGGCUGUUUGAGAAACUGCUCGUUUAAUCGAAAARAAUAGAUGCCCACGGAGGAGACAUGGAACACCCUGCUUGUAUUUUGGAGGAGCUAAAGCGGUUUGUUGUUAAAGACGCUCCGCAGACGGCGUAUUACGUCCCAGAUUUUAUAUCCGAAGAGGAGGAGUCCUACCUCCUGCAGCAGGUCUACAAGUCCCCCAGAACCAAGUGGACCCAGCUGUCGGGCAGACGGCUUCAGAACUGGGGAGGCUCGCCGCAUCCCAAAGGCAUGUUGGCGGAGAGGAUCCCCGACUGGCUGCAGGCGCACUGCGAGAAGAUCUCCUCCCUGGGAGCGUUCGGUGGGCAGACCGCCAACCACGUGUUGGUGAACGAGUACAAAGCGGGCGAGGGGAUCAUGCCCCACGAGGACGGCUCUCUGUACCACCCCACCGUCACCACCAUCAGCCUGGGCUCCCACACCCUGCUGGACUUCUACUGGCCUGUCGCGGAGGGGGAGGCGCCGCAGACCGAGGAGAACCGGUACCUGCUGUCGCUGCUGGUGAGGCCGCGCAGUCUCCUGAUCCUGCAGGACCACAUGUACCGGCGCCUGCUUCACGGCAUUCAGGGACGGGACGGCGACUCGCUAACGGAUCGGGUGGUGAACCUGUCUGCUGCCGGGGCCCGGCCCGGGGACACGCUGACCCGGGGAACCAGGGUGUCCCUCACCAUCAGACACGUCCCCAAAGUUAUGAAGACGAAGCUGGUGCUGGGGAGGAAAUAACCUGAGGAGUUACAAAGAUUUGAAUUAUUUGUUGUAGAUACCUCCAACGCCUCAGCUGCUGAUGUAUUUAUUAUUUUAAAAUAAUACGUUUUAUUAGACUAGCCRUUAGCUUGUCAGUUGUUUCAUAAUUAAACUGUUUAAUGAGCUAUCUGCAACAGGUAAGAUGUUGAUUAACAUAAAGRAACUUCAAAUGAUCUAAACUGACUUGAUCAAACUGUUCAACUCAAACGGUUCUUGUUAUUUUCUUAUUUUUAUUUGCUGAAUAUUAAUUGGAGACACUUUAGCUGUAAAGUUUAUAUAUUUAAAACUACAAUAAAGGAAAAAAGACUUUUCUGA